AUGCUGAACAUCGCGGCGAUCGCGCUGAGAGGCUUUCUGGUCAUCUUCGGCGCUGUAGUCCUGGGUCUGUCUGUAACACUGGCUAAGCAACAGGUGAUCGGAUCGCCACCAGCUGAAACCUCGUUUUACAGCUUUGCUGGCGCUUUUGGCCUUGUCGCUUCUGCCAUUGCCAUCCUAGCCAUGAUCAUCGACAAGGUGCCUCGAGUCGGUGUCAUCGUCGCCGACGGCCUAGCAUCAUUAUUCUACCUAGCGGGCGCCAUUGCUUUGACGGUAGCUCUGAAGCCCGUUUCUAGCUGCACCUCCUCGUCGGCGAGACCGAGAUCUGAGCGGUUCGCGAACAAGCUGCUCAAUGGCGGAUGCAACAAAAUAGACAAUCAACUAUACUGCCCUAAUGCUGGCUCGGGUGGCGGCAACAAAGUCGAUUCGUAUACAUCAGGGCGUUGCCAAGAAGUACAAGCAGACUAUGUGUUUGGAUAUCUAGCCGCCGUCUUUGGUCUGGCGUCGAUCAUCGUGACAUUCCUCACCCAGAGACGCACGCCAUCAACUGGGACAUAUGUCUAG